CACACUGAAGGGUGCUGAGAGGAGAGGAGAGGAGGAGAUGACGCCAGCAGAGAGAGGCUGCAGAGAUGCUAACAGUACACAUUCUGAAAGGAGCUAAGUGCUAGCUGCUGCUACAGACACACACCGGCACCCGGACAGAAUUCGGUUUGGCACUGAGGGGGCGGAGCCCACAGCUGGCGGUGAUGUCAAAGCGAGGAGCCGGGGGCAGGGGGAAGGGAGAGCGACCAGACGCCAUGGCAACCCUUCAAGCAGCCAAUGAGGAGCUGAGGGCCAAACUAACAGACAUUCAGAUUGAACUCCAACAGGAGAAGAACAAGGUGAGCCGGCUGGAGAGGGAGAAGAGUCAGGAGCUAAAGGCCGAGCAUCACCGAGCAACACUCGCUCUCACCGAGCUGAAGACCAAACUCCACGAAGAGAAGCAGAAGGAGCUAUCCGUUACCAGGGAAACACUGCUACGACAACACGAGAUGGAGCUCAUGAGGGUCAUUAAGAUCAAAGAUGGAGAAAUCCAGCGCCUAAACGGGCUGGUCGUGACACUGAGGGACGGGUCCACUGACAAGGUGAGGAGUGCCCUGCUGGCGGAGGUGGAGGAGGCCAGGAGGAGCUGGGAGGCAGAACGCUGUCGCCUCCAGCAGGAGGUUCAGGAGCUUCGAGGAACCAAGAGGAGCACAGAGGAAGCUCUGGUCUCAGCCCAGCAGGCCUGCCAGGCCCGAGCAGCCGAACUGCGCUCCGCUCAUCACCAGCACCAGGAGGAACUGAAUCGGACAAAGAGGGAAUGUGAGAGGGAAAUCCGCCGACUGAUGGAUGAGAUAAAGCUGAAGGACAGGGCUGUCAGUGUUCUGGAUAAGGCCCUGGGGCUGCAGGCUGGACACGCCCACCGCCUCCAGCUGCAGACUCAGGCUGCUGAGCAGCAAAUAGCAGCCCUGAGAGAUGCACAGCGAGUGGGACUAACCCAUUCCACUCCUAACCCCACCCCUAACAAUGCUCCGCACAUUUCUCAGGAGGAGCGAGAUACUCGCAGGUUUCAGCUAAAGAUUGCUGAGCUCAGCGCUGUGGUCAGAAAGCUUGAGGAUCGAAAUUCACUGCUAUCUGAAGAACGCAAUGAACUGUUGAAGCGUCUCAGAGAGACAGAGAGUCAGUUUCUUCCCCUACUGGACAAGAACAAACGUCUCAGUAGGAAAAACGAGGAGUUGGCUCUCGCACUGCGUCGCCUCGAUAACAAACUUCGUUUUGUUACCCAGGAGAACAUGGAGAUGGUAACUAUGAGGCGGCCAAGUUCACUAAACGACCUGGACCGCAGUCACUCCACCAGUUACCAUGGUUACAGCCAGGAUGAGAGGGAGAUGGAGUUUCUACGGUUACAAGUGGUGGAGCAGCAACACAUCAUUGAUGACCUGACCAAGGCUCUGGAAACAGCAGGUUACGUGAAGAACGUUAUUGAGAGAGACAUGUUACUGAGAUACAGACGUCAGGAGACUGUGAGACGGAAGAGGACCUUCAGAGCCUGCAGGGUCAUAGAGACAUUUUAUGGUUAUGAUGAAGAGGCCUCGGUGGAUUCUGAUGGAUCAUCUUUAUCUUUUCACACUGACAGAACUCCAGAUACUGAACCAGAGGAGGUGUGUGUUCGUGAGGAUGCAGAGCUCCGGUACCGGCAGCUAACGCAGGAGUACCAGGCCCUGCAGCGGGCCUACGCCCUGCUGGCAGAGACCAGCGGGGGGACCUACGAUGCAGAGAAGGAGAUCAAGACCAGAGAGCAGCUGCUGGGUGAAAUCAGCCGGUACCAAAGCAGAGCGGCAGAUCUGGAGUCAGCCCUCACACAACAGGGCCUGGAUACAAAAUGGGUAGAGGAGAAGCAGGCGCUGUAUCAGAGGAACCAGGAGCUGGUGGAUAAGGUGCUGCAGAUGGAAGGUGAAGAACUGCGACUGAAAAAUGACAUCCAAGAUGCCAGAGACCAGAAUGAGCUGCUAGAGUUCAGGAUCUUAGAGUUGGAGGAGAGGGAGCGCCGCUCACCUGCAAUCACCUUCCAACAGCUCCACUUCCCAGAAGGUCUGAGUCCCCUUCAGAUUUACUGUGAGGCAGAGGGAGUCACAGACAUAGUAAUCAGUGAGUUGAUGAAGAAGUUGGAUAUUCUGGGAGAUAACGCCGUAAGUAAUCUGUCCAAUGAGGAGCAGGUGGUGGUGAUCCAUGCCAGGACGGUUCUCACUCUAGCAGAAAAGUGGCUGGAGUCCAUCGAAGUGACAAAGUCGGCUCUGCAGCAGAAGAUGCUGGACAUUGAAAACGAGAAGGCCCUGUUCAGUAAACAGAAGGGUUACUUGGAUGAGGAGCUUGACUACAGGAAGCAGUCAAUGGAUCAGGCACAUAAGAGGAUCUUGGAGCUGGAGGCCAUGCUGUUUGAAGCUCUGCAGCAGGAGGAGGAAUCAAGGAUUAUGGGGUUAAAGAUGGAGGAGAGUCGAUUGUCAGAGACUCUAACAGAGAGGGAUAAGGAGGAGCUGAGGAGAGCCAUGGACCAAUGGAAGCGAACUGUGAUGUGUGAGCUGAGAGAAAGAGAUUCCCAGAUCCUUCGCGAGAGGAUGGAGCUGCUGCAGCUCACACAGCAGAGGAACAAGGAGCUGGAAGAGUGUAUAGAAGCACAGAAACGGCAGAUCAAAGAGCUGGAAGAGAAGGUAAGAAACAGAAGAAACCAAAGAAAUCUUCUUUUUGUUCCUGUUUCUCUUCUUCUCGUUGGCCUUCAUCCUGUGGUCCUAACAACAGCAGUGUUUGCAGGCUUCCAGAGUCCAGCAGCCGGCCCCUCAGUGGGUCAGGUCCUGAGUUCAGACCACAUCACCGGAGGAUUCUGAGGGUUCGGACCCAGCAGCCUAACUGAGGCUCUGCAGCCUCGUGGCUAUCAGCCAAUCAGGGCGGAGCCGAGCUGUCAGCGAACCGUCACCCCCCCAGGUGCUCUCUGUGCGGCCUCGGGAUGAAGAAUGGCAGCAGUUCAGUCAACAGGAAGUUCUGACCGAAACCUCGUUGGCUCUGGACCAGCUCAGUUUUUUCUGGGUGCCCCAGUGGGCUCAGAUUUCAGAAAAGCAGCAUAGAGCUCCGAUUGGCUGAAUGACAGAAGGUUUUAAACAUCAGAUUAGAGUUCAAACCCAAAACCUGUGAAGGGAUAAAGGGGAGAAUCGUGAGUGACGCACAGAAUAAAACUAAACGGUAUCCUGAUCCAAAGAAACAAAACGGUGCUGGAGAGGAGAACCAGACCCGGAUGAAACCAGGACAGCCGGGGGCAUUAAAGUUCUGAUUACAAGCAGCUUUAACUGACUAUGGGAUGGGAGUUUUCACUGAGCCGUGCUGAGGCGCUGCCAGGGUUUCUUGUUCUGAAGGCUGACGUUAAACAACCAGCUCCAACAUCAAACUGGACUCAUUUCUCAGGAGGACAGCAAGCACCAUCACAAAGGAAUCUUAUCUGUAAAAACUAAAAGAAUAAACAGACCUGGA